UUUUUUUUUUUCCCGUGCUGCGAAGAAGCUACUGUAUGCCGAAAGAGACGAAGAAGGCUAACACUAGCAGAGCGAUGAACACCUACGGCGCUGGCUUGGAAGCAAACACACUAGCCAUGCUUGAUUCCACCGGCGCUAAGGACAAUCGCGACGCUAACGAAGACCGUUUGCAAUACCUGGAAGCUGUUCGUGCCGCUUCACUUGUACCCGAACAUGGAAUCCCUCCCACCAACAAAAUGUACCAAGCGAUGUUCCGGAUACUGAGAUUCGGAAGAACGUUGGAGCUCGUAGCAGCAAGUUUCCACCUUUUGACACAACUACAUCAGAGGUAUCCUUGGGUUUAUAUAUCUGAUGGGAAACAUGAGUUGGAAAUCGUUGACGAGGCUUGGUCACCGUUUAACUUUGGGUCUGAUGUUGAUUCUGGUGAAAAGGAAAUAUCAGUGAGAAGCUCAUUGUUUCAAGAGCUGAUUCAAAACAUGAACAAGGGUGUUGAUGAGUCAGAGGAAUCAGAUUUAAAGAUCCUGGGAAACAUGUUCUUGUUCAAGUAUCUUGUUCAUGUUCUUAAGUUAGAUUUCACGCCCAGAAACCAAGUUUUUGAAGAAACCAUGAACUGGAGUCUACUAAAAGAAUCCUCGCUGAAUCUACUUCUGGCUUCAAGGAGAGUGAAUUUCAAACUUCUAAUGAAAGAUUGCAUAUCUACAAUGUGCACACCCUUUGAUGCUGAUGGAAAAUCCAUCAGUUUGGUUGAAUUGCACAAGGGCAUGCUUUCUGCUAUGAAGGAACUUCUAGUAAUGAUCAUAGAGCUUGAUGCAUCAAAGAAGAAAGCUGACAUUGAAGGGAUUACCAACAGAGGAGACGGCGUAAGGACUCCUGCAUUGGAGAUCAUAGUCGACGAGCUAACUUAUGAUGAAUAUCUACUGUCAAAUUUUCUUCAGGUGUUCGAUGAUCCUAAAUGGAAGCUAGAGAUUGUCCUCCAGUAUCUUACCAAAUACAUUCCUAAGCCUUCUGUUCGUACUAGAAGAUCAAACACUCCUCAAGGAGAGGACUUGAAAACGCUUAAUGGGAUCUUGAAGACCUUUUCAAAUGGUACAAAUGCAAAAAACAUCACUAAGAAGAUAGGACCUGUCGUUGUUCAGAUCCUCAUUGGACAUGGCUUUCUGGCUCAGCUCACAAUCUCUAACACUAAUGAAGGCGAGUCUAUAACAGAGAUAUGCAAUAGCGUCAUCGCUGCAUUAACUAAUCUAAAGCGAGUAGAUCAGAAAAUUGAGAUUUUACCAUUUGGAAAGGAAGUCUUGUUCACUGCCGAAAUGGUUCUUAAGACAAAAGCUUGAUGCAUCUGGGAAUCAAGAUUUUAGCAACUCAAGAGGCUUUGCAUUGUGCUAAAAGCAAAAACAAGUAGCGUAGGACUUAAAGAGUUACAGUUUUCAAUGAACUAUGAAUGUUUUCACAUGAAUGUAUAUUCUAUCAUAUUUCAGCAAAAAAGACA